GAGAAUCGGCGCCUUCUCAAAUGUUUUCUGCAGUCAUGCUUCUCACGAGCCCAAACUGCAAGCUGUGCCGGAAAAUCCUUAGGUUGUCCUAUUAAAAGCGUAGGUAUACCUCAGUUACCUGUCUAUCCCUCUGUUCGAGGGCAUGCUCUGUCGACUUUUGGAGCCGAUUACUCUGAGGUCAUUUCCAGCCCCUCCAGAAAGAGAGUACGUAAAUCUAAUGAUUGUUGCUGCCCCUUCAUAGUUAAGGGAUCGAUAGCGAUGCCAGAGCCGAGUCAGAAUUUGGGUUCUGGCGACGAACCGCCAAACUACACCUACAACAGUCAACUGACAGAUUCUGACCGAACCGACAGCAAGUUAGUCGACGAGACCCUGAAUGCAUCGAAUAACAUGACUUCUGAAAAAAAACUUCAUGCCGAGUCAUAUUACCUAUUUGAUAUUGGUAAGAAUUUCCUCGGUAUUCAUUUCUAUGAUUCUUAG